GAGAUGAAUCUGAAUCCAAAAACUCUUUAUAUCAAUCUGUAUCAAUUCCCAAUUAAUAAUAUAGAUUAUAGCAUUAAAUCUUACUUUAAUUACAUACCUUUAGAAGCAGAUUCACCAUAAUCUGGUCAGAGUGGUAGUGGGCAAGGGGGGUGUGUAAACGCACGCAGAUAAAAGAUUAUUCUAUGGAAUUAUUAAAUAUAUGUACAUGUGCGAGAGGGAUUGGCCUUAAGCCUUUAAACUUUAGUGUGGAAUGAAAAGCCAAAGAGCCGGCUACAGCUCCAUCACAACGCCUCCACCAGCACUACCAAGUAGCUGUAGAUUCUACAAGGAAAUUUCCCAAUCUUGGUUUCUUGUUUCUUUUAUUAUAAUAUAGAUUUUCAAGUUCUGUUUUGGGGUCUUUAUUUUCUCAGUCAUUCUUGUCUUUAAUAGCAAAUCAUAUCUCCAUUCCUAGCUGAUCAGUUGGAUAAAGUGAAUUAAUAUUGGGUGUUUAUUGUAUUUAGUGCGCACAAACUAAAUCUUUGUGGGCAUGUGUGGUGGAAUUGGGUUAAAAAACAUGACAAGUUUAUGGUCUUGGCGCAUCUAGUAAUUUUCAAGAAAAGAUUUUGAUAAAGAUUUGAUCUUUGGGGGAGGUAAAUGGGCUGCUUUCCUUGUUUUGAUUCAAGGGAUGAGGAAAAGCUAAAUCCCCAAAAAGAAAGGGAUGAUCACAGGGAAGUCCAACCAAACAUUUCAUCCAACAUAUCAAGAUUAUCGUCUGGUGCAGACAGGGCCAAAUUAAGGAGCAAUGUCGGGCCAAGGAAAGAACCAUCAGGACCGAAAGAUGCACCUGUUGCUCAAAUUGCUGCACAGACAUUUACUUUCCGCGAGCUUGCUGCUGCUACAACUAACUUUAGGCCAGAGUGUUUCUUAGGAGAAGGAGGAUUUGGGUGUGUCUACAAAGGGCAUCUUCCCAGUGGACAGGUUGUUGCUGUUAAGCAGUUAGAUAGGAAUGGGCUUCAGGGUAAUCGAGAAUUUUUGGUAGAGGUUCUUAUGCUUAGCCUUCUACAUCAUCCUAACUUGAUGAAUCUAAUUGGUUACUGUGCUGAUGGGGAUCAGAGGCUUCUUGUCUAUGAAUUUAUGCCCUUGGGAUCCUUGGAAGAUCACCUUCUUGAUCUUCCACCUGAUAAAGAGCCAUUAGAUUGGAACACGAGAAUGAAGAUAGCAGCUGGUGCAGCUAAAGGUUUGGAGUAUCUCCAUGACAAGGCAAAUCCUCCAGUUAUAUAUCGGGAUUUUAAGUCGUCAAACAUAUUGCUAGGUGAAGGAUAUUUUCCAAAGCUCUCAGACUUUGGACUUGCAAAGCUUGGUCCUACGGGAGACAAGUCGCAUGUGUCCACCAGGGUCAUGGGAACUUAUGGUUAUUGUGCUCCCGAGUAUGCCAUGACUGGGCAACUGACAGUUAAAUCUGACGUCUACAGUUUUGGGGUUGUCUUCUUAGAGCUCAUCACUGGGCGUAAAGCUAUUGAUGGCACCAGACCACAUGGAGAACAGAACCUUGUUGCUUGGGCACGGCCAUUGUUCAAUGACCGGAGGAAAUUUGCUAAAUUGGCAGAUCCACGGCUGCAAGACAAGUAUCCUAUGCGAGGUCUUUACCAGGCUCUGGCUGUGGCAUCCAUGUGUAUCCAAGAACAGGCUGCUAGCCGCCCUCUGAUUGGAGAUGUCGUCACUGCACUUUCUUAUUUGGCAAAUCAGAAGUAUGAUAAUAGUAUAGCUCCUGGGCAUAUCUGCAGGUUUUCUGGGGAUAAGGACGAUAACAGAAACAAAGAUGAGCGAGGUGGAAAAAUAUUGAGGAAUGAAGAGGGAGGGGGAUCUGGAAGAAAAUGGGACUUGGAAGGAUCUGAGAAGGACGACUCUCCAAAAGAAACUACGAAAAUGUUGAACAGGGACUUGCACAGGGAACGCGCAGUGGCAGAAGCUAAAAUGUGGGGUGAGAAUUGGCGAGAAAAAAGACGACAAAAUGCCCAAGGAAGUUUCGACAGCAGUAACGGGUAGUACUUAUUUUCAUACAGUAUAAGGCUCCCUUUGACCACCUGCAUAUUUCAUUGGUGAUUGAAACAUCCCAGAAAUUGUGCUUCAACCAAGCACUGGAAAUUCAAUCUUCUUGUGAAGAAUGAGUGUCAAAACUCAUAAAAAAGACACAAUAAGGGGCCUUAUUUUAUUUUAUUUUAUUUUGAAAAUUUUCUUUUAUUUUCAUUUCUAGAUAAAGAAGAAGAGAGCGUUAAGUGUGUAUAUUUACUGAUGGAACAGUGACCGUAAGUAUUUCUGAAAGGGAAGCUUGAUUUUUCUUUUGCCAGUUCUAUGAAAAACAUAAGGGUGCGUUUGGUUUGCGUUUUC